AUGACCGUCACCGAGCAGACCAUCCUCAUCACCGGCGCCGGCGGCUGGCUCGGCUCGCUCCUCCCCUCGCGCAUCGUCGAGCGAGAGCCCCAGGUGGCCUUCAAGUUCAUCCUCGCCGACAUCGUCGAGCCCAAGCCGCCCAAGUCGCUCGCGGCCGAGGUGCGCACCAUGAAGGCCGACCUCUCGGAGCAGGACAGCCUCGACGCCCUCUUUGCCACCGAUCUGGGCAAGCCCGACGUCAUCUACUCGAUGCACGGUAUCAUGAGCCUCGGCAGCGAAGAGAACUGGGACCUCGGCAUGAAGGUCAACUUUGACAGCACGCGCCUCCUCCUCGAAAAGGCACGCCACACGCGCAACUCGCAGGGCGGGCCCAUCCGCUUCAUCUUCACCUCGAGCGUCGCAACCUACGGCGGCGAGCUGCCCCACCUCGUCCUGCCCUCGACGGCGUGCCAGCCCGAGGGCGCCUACGGCACCGCCAAGCUCAUGGGCGAGUACCUCGUCACCGAGUACUCGCGCCGCGGCUUCAUCGACGGCCUCUCGGUCAAGCUGCCCACCAUCGUCCCGCGGCCCGGCGCCCCCUCGCGCGCCACGUCCGCCUUCGUCUCGGGCAUCGUCCGCGAGCCCCUCAACGGCGUCGAGGCCGUGUGCCCCGUCGGCAGCUCGAUCGACGACCCGGCGCUCGACAAGCUCGAGGUGUGGGUGGCGAAACCCUCAACGACGCUCGAGAACCUGGCGCGCGCCAAGGACGUCGUGGUGCAGAGCGCCGACAGGAUCACGCGCUGGUCGCGCUCCGUACAGCUGCCCGGCUUCACCGUGUCCAUCCGGCAGAUUAUCGAGGCGCUCCGCACCGUCCGCGGCGACGGGGCCGUGGCGCUCAUCCGGUUCGAGGACGACGAGACGUGCCGCCGCGUCGUGUCGAGCUGGCCGCGCGAGUUUGACAACGGCUACGCGUUGGGCCUCGGCUUCACCGUCGACCAGGACGGCUUCGCCGGCGCCAUCCGCGAGUACAUGGACGCCCACUGCCGCUAG